AUGCGUCCAUAUUGGUACAUUUUCAUUUCCCUCGCUGGUCUGGCAGCCGCCGCCGCAAUACCCACUAACAAUUCCGCCUCAUCCUUCAUCGUCACAACCAAGGUCACCUCCUCCUACUGGCGUGCCAGCUUCUCCAACCCGCCCUUCAACAUCCAAACCACCGCAUUCUACCUCGACUUCUUCGCCCUUGUCGACCGCAUCGCGAGCGACCCGGAUGUCAAAGUUGUGGUCUUCGACUCGGCUGUUCCGGACUUUUGGCUCAGUCAUUUCGACGUACUCACCCCGCCUAGCAAUGCGACCUCGUCCGCAACCGCGUCAGCCAGCUACUGGGGCAACAUCACGCGCCUUGCCGACCUGCCUGUUCUAACCAUCGCUUCCAUACGAGGCAUAGCCCGUGGAGGUGGCGCAGAGCUCGCUACUUGCUUGGAUGUGAGGUUUGCUAGCAGGGAGAAGGCCGUGUUCGGUCAGCCUGAGGUCGGUCUUGGCGUGAUACCAGGCGGCGGCGGGUUAGAACUUUUACCCAGGUUGACUGGCCGUUCUCGAGCUCUUGAGAUCGUCAUUGGGGCUGACGAUCUGGAUUCUGAGACGGCUGCUGCAUACGGAUGGAUAAAUCGUGCCAUCCCAGACGACGACUUCGAGACUUUUGUCGACACAUUUGCCCGCCGCGUUGCGGGCUGGGACCGUCAGGGCAUCGCCAGUGCUAAGCGUAUCAUCAACGAACGCAGCGGUUUCCCCACCCUCGUUGAGUUCCAGGAGAGCUACAAGGCAUUCCAGGCCGGCUUUACCAACCCAGUCGUUGUGGCGCGCAUCGUAGCCACGGCUAAGGCUGGGCUGCAGACAAGUGUGGAGUUUGAGAAGAAUCUGGGGGAUAAGCUGACAGAAUUUGUAGACGGUGGCUAG